UUUCCCCCCCCCGAGGGAGAAGCGGCGCGGCCAUUGGUGAGCAGGCACGCCCCGCCCCCUCCGGCCCCGCCCCCCUCCUGACUCCCUGCCCCGCCCCGCUCCCCCGCGGCGUCGGAGCAGCAGACCGGGUCCGCAGGGCGCGUCGGUGGCAGGACUCCUGAAUAUAUUUCAAAACCGAACAGUUUCAACUGAGCUGAAAUACUCUGCCUUCCUGGUGGUACCGGUCCAGGUUAGGAGAACCGCAGCAGAUUAUCAGCCAUCAUGGCAAACCUUGGCUACUGGCUGCUCGCACUCUUUGUGGCUACGUGGACUGAUGUUGGCCUCUGCAAGAAGCGGCCAAAGCCUGGAGGCUGGAACACCGGUGGAAGCCGAUACCCUGGGCAGGGCAGCCCUGGGGGCAACCGUUACCCACCUCAGGGUGGCGGCACCUGGGGGCAGCCCCAUGGUGGUGGCUGGGGGCAGCCCCAUGGUGGUGGCUGGGGACAACCUCAUGGUGGUGGCUGGGGGCAGCCCCAUGGUGGUGGCUGGGGUCAAGGAGGCGGCACCCACAAUCAGUGGAACAAGCCCAGCAAGCCAAAAACCAACAUGAAGCAUGUGGCAGGCGCUGCUGCGGCUGGGGCAGUGGUGGGGGGCCUUGGUGGCUACAUGCUGGGGAGCGCCAUGAGCAGGCCCAUGAUCCAUUUUGGCAAUGACUGGGAGGACCGCUACUACCGCGAAAACAUGAACCGUUACCCUAACCAAGUGUACUAUCGGCCCGUGGAUCAGUACAACAAUCAGAACAACUUCGUGCACGAUUGCGUCAAUAUCACCAUCAAGCAGCACACAGUCACCACCACCACCAAGGGGGAGAACUUCACGGAGACCGACGUCAAGAUGAUGGAGCGCGUGGUGGAGCAGAUGUGUGUCACCCAGUAUCAGAAGGAGUCCCAGGCCUACUAUGACGGGAGGAGAUCCAGCGCGGUGCUCUUCUCCUCGCCCCCUGUCAUCCUCCUCCUCUCCUUCCUCAUCUUCCUGAUAGUGGGAUGAGGGGGGGCUUUCCCGCUCCUCGUACUCUCUCGUUCUUGUGGUCUAGGCUGGGGGAGGGGUUACCCACCUGUAGCUCUUUUAAUUGAGGUGGUGUCUCAUUCUUGCUUCUCUCUUUGUCCCCCAUAGGCUAAUGCCCUUGGCACUGGUGGGCCCUGGGAAAUGUACAGUAGACCAGAUGCUAUUCACUCCAGGGUCUUUUGACUGAGUCCGUUGUGGGCCAGUGCUAACGCCAGGCCAAUAAGAAUAUAACAGCAAGUAACCGCUGCCUAGUCGGGGCUUUACCUUGGUCUAGUGAGUAAAUACUGAUGUGACCCUCUGACUUCUACCCAGAGUACACAGUGACAGACACACGUAACUGUUAAAAUAGGCAAAGGGUUCUACAACCAAAGAAGUCAUUGUUUGGGCAUGGUGCCCUAAGAAACAUCCUCCCAUCCGGGAUAUGUAAAGCAUCCAUAUGUGGCAUUCUUUCUUUACUAACAUAAACUCUACCUGAUUAAAGCAACAGAAAAAAAAAAUUACCCUACUAACCUUGAAAGCAAACCUUUGUUCAUUUCCUAGGAACUAGAAUGACUUUUUAACCUUGUUUGGAUUGAACCAGGAGAUUUUGACUCUGAGGAGAUCCCACACUGUGAAAGCGUGGGCCUCCUGUGAAGGGGGAGAGGGUUAGGACGCAAAGUCAAGACACAGCAUUUCUUCAUUUCUGUCUCAUAAUUGUCAAAAGCCAGAAUUAGGUCAUCCCCUUUGUUUCUAUACUUGUAUUUGAAUCGGACAACAAAGAGACAAUCUAAACAUUCUCUUAGGUUGCAGAUGAGAGAAAUAGGCGCCAUUCAAAGUGGAAAGAGAAAUUCUGUUAGCGUUGUUUAAGUAAAGCAAACUUUGUUCCUUAAAUUACUCCAUAUUUCCCUGCGCAGACGUACACCACUCUGCAAUAGCAUCGGCCUGCACCGCAGGUGUUCUGUGUAGAAUAUAUGAAGUAUAACCACAAGCUUGGGCCUUCUGUUCUGAUGCAUCCGAAGUAUGUAACACACUGACCCUUUCGUCCGGUACUAAAUGCUUAUUGUGUGGCCCUUAGGCUCAACAUGCACUCAGUUCCGUCUAUGAAUCCAAAGUGGACCCCUCGCUGGUCUUUGAGAUCUGCAUGGACUUCACAUUUUCUAUAUUUGUAACUUUGCAUGUACUUGUUUUGUCAUAUAAAAAGUUUAUAAAUGUUUGCUAUCCGACUGACAUUAAAUAGGAGCUAUGAUGAGCGCCCUGCA